AUGUUGAGCAAAUGUAACUCAAGUAAAAGGGUUGAUGGUAGAAGAACAACAAAGAUUUCAGCGAGUUGUAGAUUUUUAUUGCCUGUGAGAUACCUUAAAAACGUGGGUAAUUGGAUGGUGGCUGUUCUUUGUUUUGUUGCUCCUCGAAAACGAGGUUCCACUAAGAUAUCAUCAUCGGGAACUCCAAAACGACUUUCACUGUCUCCAGUGGAUUCUGAAAGAGCAGAAGCCAUUAAGGAUUGCAUUGACUUCAUCAACUCUUCUUCUUCUUCUACUUCAUCAACCAUGUCUAAUUCUGUUUCUUGUUGA